UGUGAUAAUUGUAUUUGAGAUAGGUGAAAGGGUGAGAGAGAGAAGAAAGAAAAGAUGAAUGGUCCUGCCCAGCAGCACUUCCAGCUCACCCGCUUAGGUUGGAUCUAUUUUCUGCCAUUCUUCACUUUCCUCAUAUCACAACCCACUUCCAACUUCAACAACACCUUUCCAUAACACAACACAACAUCCUCUUCUUCCUCUCUUCCUCUCUUCCUUAAAAAAACAAUCAAUUUUUAAAGACUAAACUCAAACAAACACACCUUUUGUUUAAAAAAACUAUUUUUAUUUUUUAUUUUUUUUCUCAUUCCCACACACAAAAUAAGGGAAACAAGAAGUGCCCAGAAAGCCAAAUCACCAUUUCUGUGUUGGGUUGGUUCAUGCUGAAGUGGGUUUCAGUUUGCGCGCUCCAACGUUAAAUGGGCAAUGUGACAGGAACAGUGGCUGCCAAAUUCGCGUUUUUCCCGCCAGAGCCACCGACGUACGACGUUUGCAGAGAGGGAGAUGGGAGAGUGGUGCUGUCGGGUGUCACCGCCGACAAAAACGUGGACGCCCACAUUCUCGACACUAAGGGUGGCAACAAGAUCGUUGCCACCUUCUGGAAACACCCUUUUGCCCGUUUCACUUUCUUGUAUUCUCACGGUAAUGCCGCUGACUUGGGUCAGAUGCACGACCUCUUCAUCGAGCUCAGAGCUCACCUGCGUGUCAACAUCAUGAGUUAUGACUAUUCAGGAUAUGGAGCAUCUACGGGUAAGCCAUCUGAGUUCAACACGUAUUACGACAUAGAAGCUGUAUAUCAUUGUUUGAAGCGUGAAUAUGGAAUUAAGCAAGAAGAAUUGAUUUUGUACGGUCAAUCGGUUGGAAGUGGGCCCACACUGCACUUGGCUUCUAAGUUGCAGAAGUUGAGAGGUGUUGUUCUUCACAGUGCCAUACUUUCAGGGAUAAGGGUCCUGUACCCUGUCAAGAUGACAUUUUGGUUUGACAUAUUUAAAAAUAUAGACAAAAUUCGACAUGUCAACUGUCCAGUGUUUGUUAUACAUGGAACAAAUGAUGAUAUUGUUGAUUGGUCUCACGGCAAGCGAUUAUGGGAACUGUCAAAGGAAAAAUAUGAUCCCUUGUGGGUAAAGGGUGGUGGUCAUUGCAACCUUGAAACAUUCCCAGAAUACAUCAAAUACUUGCGCAAGUUCAUAAAUGCAAUGGAGAAACUCGCACUCACAAAACAGUCAAGCAAACAGCUCUCUCAAAAUCCUAGUAUUACUGAAUCCAGACAUAACAAAUGCUUAAGAUUUGUUUGAUAGUUUUGAGGUUUUGGAUGUAAGGAAUCAGAGUCAUGGUUUGUUCAAUAGUGCCUUAGUUGCCAUGCAUGCUACUUUGGUUCAUGAUUUGGCAACUGCUCAGUUAACUAGAAUUUAAGGAUGUCUAAGACCCUAACCCCUACUGAAAAAUGAUGUUUCUGAUCCAAAUCUGCCAAAGUUGUUGAGUUUGUGUACAGGCCAAGACCAUUCUCUGAAGAAAACAAUGUUAUUAUUUCCACUA